AUGAGCGUACAAGUACUUAAAAUUCUAUAAAAAGAAAUCAAAUGAGUGUUAACACUAGUUUAAGAUACUUCUACAGUUUGUUUGAGGAACUAAAAUAAAAUUUCAAAAAAAAAUAUGUGCGUUUACAAGGUUUUGCUACAAUCAAUGUUGGUUUUCUACACUUGGAAGUAUACAGAUGCUAAUUUAAGUGCUGAUGAUGUGUAUUCCAUGCUAGCUGUUAAAAUAGAUGCGAUUACCACUGAAAUGUCCUUGUUACGUCGGGUUCUAAUGUCAACCAAAUCAGAACUGGCAUUUACUCAGUCAAAACUAAAAUCAACUGAGACAGAAGUAAACAUGAUAAAAAGACAAUGCGGACUUAUUUCAGGAAUCACAACAAAUACAAGGUCUCCAAUCACUCCAACUGAAAACUCUACAAGCACCUCAUUUGAAGAUGAAACAUGUUGUCAAGUUGUUGAAAAGGCAAUUAUAAGAAUGAAAGCAGAACAGAAACAGACAAAACAAGAUAUAGAAAACGUGAUAGAGAAGAAAAUGGCUAAAGUAAAUGAAAGAUAAUUGCAAGAAAUAGUAAGGGGCUGGUAUCCAUGGAAACUAACAUAGACAAAACUGGCUGUAGACC